GCGGUGCGCGCGGAGGGCCGGGCGGGCGGGACGGAGGCCGGGAGGCCGGGAGGCCGGGGCGGCGGGCGCGCAGCUCGGCGGGAGGCGGGCGCCCGGAGACGCGGCUGGGGCCCGCGCGGCCGGGGCGCCGUCCCAGGGCAGGGCUGCCCGGCCCCGGCCCCGGGCCGCCCGCGCUCCCCAUGAAAAACCAGCUCCGCGGCCCCCCAGCGCGGGCGCACAUGUCGACUUCGGGGGCGGCGGCGGCGGCUGGGGGCACCCGGGCGGGGUCCGAGCCCGGUGCGGGGUCGGGGUCCGGCGUAGGCACCGGGGCGGGCGCGGCGACGGGGGCAGGAGCCAUGCCCUGCAAGAGCGCCGAGUGGCUGCAGGAGGAGCUGGAGGCGCGCGGCGGCGCGUCUUUGCUGCUGCUCGACUGCCGGCCGCACGAGCUCUUCGAGUCGUCGCACAUCGAGACGGCCAUCAACUUGGCCAUCCCGGGCCUCAUGUUGCGCCGCCUGCGCAAAGGCAACCUGCCCAUCCGCUCCAUCAUCCCCAACCACGCCGACAAGGAGCGCUUCGCCACGCGCUGUAAGGCGGCCACCGUGCUGCUCUACGAUGAGGCCACGGCCGAGUGGCAGCCCGAGCCCGGCGCUCCCGCCUCCGUGCUCGGCCUGCUCCUACAGAAGCUGCGCGACGACGGCUGCCAGGCCUACUACCUCCAAGGUGGUUUCAACAAGUUUCAGACAGAGUACUCUGAGCACUGCGAGACCAACGUGGACAGCUCUUCCUCGCCGAGCAGCUCGCCACCCACCUCAGUGCUGGGCCUGGGGGGCCUGCGCAUCAGCUCUGACUGCUCCGAUGGCGAGUCGGACCGAGAGCUGCCCAGCAGUGCCACCGAGUCGGACGGCAGCCCUGUGCCAUCCAGCCAACCAGCCUUCCCUGUCCAGAUCCUGCCCUACCUCUACCUCGGCUGCGCCAAGGACUCCACCAACCUGGACGUGCUCGGCAAGUACGGCAUCAAGUAUAUCCUCAAUGUCACACCCAACCUUCCCAACGCCUUCGAGCACGGCGGCGAGUUCACCUACAAGCAGAUCCCCAUCUCUGACCACUGGAGCCAGAACCUCUCCCAGUUCUUCCCUGAGGCCAUCAGCUUCAUUGACGAAGCCCGCUCCAAGAAGUGUGGUGUCCUGGUGCACUGCCUGGCAGGCAUCAGCCGCUCAGUGACGGUCACUGUGGCCUAUCUGAUGCAGAAGAUGAACCUGUCACUCAACGACGCCUACGACUUUGUCAAGAGGAAAAAGUCCAACAUCUCGCCCAACUUCAACUUCAUGGGGCAGCUGCUGGACUUUGAGCGGACGCUGGGGCUAAGCAGCCCGUGCGACAACCACGCAUCGAGUGAGCAGCUCUACUUUUCCACACCCACCAACCACAACCUGUUCCCACUCAAUACGCUGGAGUCCACGUGAGGCCUGGUGCACGGGGGGCAUGGCACCAGGCCCCUGCUCGGCUCUUCACAGGGCUAGGUGGGAGAGCCCAAGCCUGCCGCCUCUGGCCUGAGGAACCCCCAGAUGUCGCCUGUGCCCAGGGGCCCAGGCUCAUCGGUGUCGGAGCGCCCCUCACCAUCCUUGGGGGCGGGACCCGCAGGCAAGGUCUCCCACUGCAGGGCUUGCUGGAGAGGCCUCGGCUCUCGGACACGUGGCUUUGGGCGUCCACCAGGGCCUCAUCCUGUCCAGGACGCUCCUUUCUGCUGAUGGCCCAGCCAGUUUGGCUAUUUUUUAAAGACACAUCCAUGGACCUGAGUUUACUUUUUACUUUUGGCAGGUAAAUCCAAGCUCCCUGGAGCACAAAGAGUGUUUGAGCUCUUCUUGAUUUUUCUUUUUUUUUUUUUUAUAACAAAAAGUGUUAUUUUCAGGCUACAUGCAACAGUGGAUUGUAUAACCCAGUAUUUCAUCCCUUUCCUGAUCCUGCAAGAGAGAGAAAUGUUAUCGGUUUUGUUUUUCAUUCAGUUUCAAAAAGCAAGUAUCGUGUUUGUUUUUGUUUUUGUUUUUGUUUUUUAAUGGAAAAGACAGACCCCAUGUUGACCUUGACCAAAUGCGUUUUGCACAUGUGUGAAGCCUCCGUUUCCUCGGCGGGCCCUUCUUGAAGGGGUGGCUUACUGCUCUUCAGGUAUUGGGACCCCCAGUCGUGCCGCCUCCCACCCUUGGCCCAGUCUGACUUAGCCCUGCAUUCGCCUGUGAUGACUGCUGCAAGUUGUGAUUGGUGGGCUGGAUGGUGGGCUUUUCAUUUUCCGCCCUCUCAUCCAUCCCUCUGACUGCUGCAAGUUGUGAUUGGUGGGCUGGAUGGUGGGCUUUUCAUUUUCCGCCCUCUCAUCCAUCCCUCUGACUGCUGCAAGUUGUGAUUGGUGGGCUGGAUGGUGGGCUUUUCAUUUUCCGCCCUCUCAUCCAUCCCUCUGGUGGUCCCUGCAGACCUCCCUGAGGCAGAAGGUGGGGAACCUGGGGCCCUGCCACCGUCCCUCAGGAGGUGG